AGCUCCGAAUUUCCGACCUGAAGGUCAGUGAUGUCAUGAUUUGACAAGUUCCCAGUUGCUUUGAACGCGGCAUUUUCUCACAAUGUGAUGACGUGUCAAGAAUGUGCCGGAAGCCUUCAGUUAGUCCAAAAUGGCUUACCAGACUUUUCAGCAGGAAUAUUUACAGAUUCCUGUUGUAACUCGGGCAUACACAACUGCCUGCGUCCUCACCACCGCUGCCGUGCAAUUAGAACUCAUUACACCUUUCCAACUAUACUUCAAUCCUGAUUUGAUACUAAGGAAUUAUCAGGUAUGGAGACUCAUAACCAACUUUCUAUUUUUUGGUCCAGUUGGCUUCAACUUCCUUUUCAAUAUGAUUUUUUUGUACCGAUACUGUCGUAUGCUGGAGGAGGGCUCUUUCAGGGGCCGCACCGCUGACUUUGUCUUUAUGUUCCUCUUCGGUGGCCUUCUGAUGACUAUAUUUGGCACCUUUGUGAGUCUGGUGUUCUUGGGCCAAGCCUUCACCAUCAUGCUGGUGUACGUGUGGAGCAGGCGUAACCCCAACGUUCGCAUGAACUUCUUUGGCCUGCUGAACUUUCAGGCACCCUUUCUCCCUUGGGUGCUCAUGGGAUUCUCUCUGCUGCUGGGCAACUCCAUCAUUGUGGAUUUACUAGGUAUCGCUGUGGGUCAUGUGUACUUCUUUCUGGAAGAUGUGUUCCCAAACCAGCCAGGUGGUGGCAGAUGGCUCAAGACUCCAUUUUUUCUUAAGAUGCUGUUUGACACUCCAGAGGAGGAUGCCAACUACAACCCUCUUCCCGAAGAGCGUCCGGGGGGGUUCGCCUGGGGAGAGGGACAGCGCCUCGGGGGUUAAUCUAGCCCCCCACCACAGGAUCACUUUAUAAUGGACUUUUCCACAGUGAGAGACCGAGGGACAAACUUGGUCUUUUUUUCUGACUUGUUUCUCUAGUUCUGGAUGGAAAACGCCAAUCUCCAACCAGAGCUUUUCAGAGAUUGUUGUGUGACUUACAUCUCCCUCAAACUGUUCAAUAAGCCAGACUGUCACUUUAAGACCACGUGAGUGGACAUAACAGGAAGUGACUUUUGAUGGUUAACCUUUGGUUGCGUUGAGAUUUGGCUUUAUCUCUGUGGGGAAAAAAUGAGGCUCAACAAUAUUGUCAAAUGAUGGGAAACGGUGGAAGAAAAAUCUGAAUGAAUUCAGAUUGAGUGUUUUCUUUUACUUUUUAAAAAGAAUAAACGUGUGGCAUAUGUA